AUGCAAUGCUCACUUAUUAUUGAUUAAUUACCAUUUUGCGUCCUAUGGCGGGCAAUGGAGUUCUGGUUGUCGGACAUGCUGGAAAUGUGAUCUCGCGUUAUUGUGUCAUUCUCAAUACAGUACCAAUAUAUGAACCGUCUGAUUCAUAUCGCUUGAUAUCUGAUGAUAGUUGACGAUUAUGUCGACUGAUUGCAAUAUGAAACGUCUGAUUCAUAUCGCUUGAUUUCUGAUGAUAGUUGACGAUUAUGUCGACUGAUUGCAAUGGUAUGGGGUGAUCUGACAACGCCCUGAAUUUACGAACGUGCAGAGCGCACCCUCGUAAACGUUUUGUCUCUCGGGUGUGACUCGUGACUGGUCUGAAGAAUAUGGGCGGAAGGAGAUUGAAAUAGUAGCCAUGCGUUUGCCUGAGCAGUGAACACCUUGUUUUAUAGAUUUGACAAGACACUAGUCUAAACGUGGACGGCAAAUAUUCUGUCGUUAUAUAAAUGUAUAUAUAUAAAAAAGUUCAAACAUAAGGAAACAAUCUAUGCGCUCAUUAAACAUAUUUGCUAUUAGGCAUACACGAAAGGCACAUACUAAUUAAUACACGUAUCUAUCUAACGUUAGCUUGUAGCUACUCAGUACGUGAUAGUUUCAGACUUGUGUUAAAUAUUUAUAAAGUGUCUAACGGCACGCAAGAGAGCGACGACUAGUCCGAUUACGUGAACAAUGUCAAUAUCACGUGUAUGGCUUUUGUACUGUGCUGUACUGCUCCAACUCGACAUGAUCAUACCUGCAUCUGGAAACAAGUGUGGCCCUGCAGAGUACAAAUCUAACACUGGUCAGUGCUGUCCAAUGUGUGGAAAAGGUUUAGUUGUCCGCAAGGACUGUACAUUGGAGUCCAGCACGUCCUGCAUACCCUGUACAGGACAGACCUACAUGAAUGCAGCUAACGGCUUGGCCAAGUGCUUUCCCUGCAGUCCUUGUGAUCCAGGUAUUAUGAGGGACCCUAACAUUUUUGGGGCCCAUAAUAUUUCAGGACAAGGUCUGUUCAUUUUGAUGACGUGUACUUCUACAAGUAACUCCAUUUGUCAUGUUCAAAAUGGAUAUUAUUGUACCAGCUCCUCAGCUGGCAACGAGUGCACCUUUGCACUAAGACAUACACUUUGCUCACCUGGACAGAGAGUUAAAGUACCGGGAACAAAAACAACAGAUACCAUGUGUGAAGAGUGUCAGCAUGGUUCUUACUCACAACAUGGUGUGAACUGCACUGCUUGGACUGAUUGUGAAUCCAUUGGACAAUACAAGAUUGAAGAUGGAAGUCAAACAAGAGAUGUUGUCUGCAGAAAAUCACUAAGGAAUAGAGUCAUUGUCUUAGUUCCAUCUUCAGUUUUCCUUUUUGUAGUCAUUAUUUUUGUUUUGUCUGUAACUAAAGAAAAUCAACCAUCUCCUAAGCUUCCUGUAGAGGAAACAGGUUUUCAAACAUUCACUAGUGGCGGUCGAAGAGCUUCAUAGUGAAACUAUACCUCAACUGGUCAAGGACGACAAAGCAAGGAGUCUGACGAAGAAUAUUGACCAGAUCAUUUAAAAA